AAGCUAAACGAAAAUUUUCUCUUUCAUUUGAUUAGUUGGAUCGACUAAUCAGUCUAUUCGAAUGACACAGACCUCGGCCACCUCAAAGCGGCAGCUGCUGCUACAACAAAAUGCCCAGAAAGAGAUGUGGUAAACUUUCCAAGACCAGUCCGUCAAGUGUAUCCUGGCAAAGUACACAUGGGCUUCAUCCCUUGUAUUGCUUUGAAAUCAGGUCCCUACACUUUCAGACUGGGUUUGGCUACCUAUUUGUGCAGCAAGACAAUCUACAUCAUGGAACAUGAAUUCUACGCUGGUCUAUCGAUUGCCAUCAUGGGUGUGUAUGCUGUGAAGAAACUUGGGUCUGGUACAGCCAAAUUCCUUGACGCUGAAGUUUCUGUAAGUGAAAUAAUUGAUCCCUUUCUAGCCCCACACCUGAAAUUUCCCAUGCUGAUCGAGAUAUGGACAUUGAAGAAUCCAAAUGCUAGAAUCGCGACAGGGAAGAUUGAACAGGAUCGAGCUCUUGCCAUGAAGAUGCUUUUUGACGCCGUUAAUAAGAGGAAAAACGUGGCCCUUCAGCUUGAAGCUGCUUACCGCGAACAGCUCCGAAACCCACGA